GCUCACUCUCACUUUUUAGCAGCUUUACGCACGCACCAAACUCAGAGCGCAAUCUUCUUCGAUUUCAGUACAGCUCCGUUUGGAUAGUUAAAACAAACCAUGGCAGUCAUGAUAAGAAAUGAAGUUUUCUCCUGUUAUGUUUUCUACGGCGUGCUUCUGGUGAUAAAAAUGUACAUUUUAGCAAUAAUAACGGGACAAGUGAGGCUGCGUAAAAAGGCUUUUGCCAACCCUGAGGACGCGCUGAGACACGGGGGUUUACAGUACCACAGACAGGAUCCAUACGUGGAAAGAUGCCGGAGAGCUCAUAUUAACGACAUGGAGAACAUCCUCCCCUUCCUCUUCCUUGGUGCUAUCUACUCCAUGAUUGGACCUUCACUGGCUGUGGCCCGCUUUCACUUCCUGGUCUUCUUGAUGAGUCGUACACUGCACAGCAUUGCCUACCUGUUCGCCCUGCAAGCACCAACCCGCUCUCUGGCCUACAUCGUUGCACAGAUACCUUGUUUCUCUAUGGCUGUGCAGAUCCUAAUGGCAGUCGCAGCGUAUGCCUAAAUAUCCAGAACUGAGGGACUGAACUAGAGAUAGUGUUCUGGCUUGAAGGAUGGCGAUUACAAUCUGUGACCUGUGUCAGAAAAAGCAGGAGGAGGAUACCUGAGAGUCCUCCUGGGAGGGAGAACAUAAAAGACUAGAAUGUCAGUGACAGUGCAAUAUAAGGUGUGUGCUUACACCACAGCUGGGUUUUGUGAGAUUUUGUCAGUAUUUUUAACAUUUUAUUUAUAACUUUGGACUCUGAGAAUGUCUUAAAAGUUAUUUGAAGUUGACAUCUUGUACUGUAUUUACAAAUGCAAAUGAAGGUUAUUGCUUGUUUUUAUCUUUUCAACCAAGUUUUGUUGAAAUGACCUGAUGAAAUUUAAAACUCACUGACGGACAGUUGUAGACAUUUAGUUUAAGCCACUUUGGAAUAUUUUCCAGCACUGCACUGUAUGUUCAUCCCUGCCCCCUUUUGUGUUGACGCACAACACAGACCACCCUUCAUGUGGUCUUGUAGUCUUCGUGGCUUCAUCUGUUUCCUGUGUGGACAUCUGUUAUGUUAUCGUUUGUCUGCGUACUACGUUCAACAAAAGCCUAAUGGGUCCUGGCAUGAUUAGUGAUAAUGUGUUGAGAGAUUUUAUACCACCUGAUGAUUUUAUUGUGUGAGUGAAACUGUCUCAAGUUCCUUUUAAGGAAGAAAGGAAUCCUGAAACUUUGUUUGGACUGGUAAUAAAUCUUGCAGCAACCUGCAGAGAAAGAAAGAACAAAAGAAAUUGUGAAAGGUUUUCUGAUAUGUAAUAUUUUAAUUUUUAUCUGUUUUUAAAGUCUUGUAAUAAUUUAUUAUUCAAUUUAAUGUAUACAGUAAUGUUUGAAUCCCUAGAUACAUUUUUGUAGGCAAUAAAACAAUUCAUACAUGCAA